AUGUGGUGGUGCAUCAACGCGAUCCUCUUCUUCUGCUACUUCUCGCGCACCCCUCCCUCCUACACCAACACCGAAGCCGCGACGGCCUUUUUGGGCGGUUCGACUUUUCUCGUCGGUUCUUACCUCGGCUGGGUCGAGAGUUUGAAUCCGGCGAGAGAUGCGGAAUUUGGGUGGGAAGUGGAUGAGUUGAGGAGGUUAGUUUGAGAUGAGGGGGAGCAGAGGGUGAAUGGAUGCUUCGGCUGACUGGCAAGCUUCGUACGACUCAGGACGCUUCGCGAACCAGCUCAAAACUCGCACCAAUCCCUCGGACGAAAACGCCGUCAUUUCGGACGACAUCUUCCCCAUCCACGUCAUCACGACCACCACCAUCACUCCAUGAACUCCGACCAAUCCGCACACCUGCGUCACCGUCUCGCGAACCCUCAUUCCCCUUCCCCUCCCUCUCGGUCGCUCUCCCGAUCCUCUACCCUCGUCCCAUCCCCAGCGUUCUCCACAGCCUCCCCUGACCCUCCCCCUCCCUGGCGCUGGUAUGGUACGACCCCCACCCUGGCCUACAUCGCCAACACGGUCCAGUUAUUCGGCUCCGUAACCUUCUUUAUAUCCGUUCUCUGCGGACUUCCCGGAAUCCUGCCCGUCUCGGGUCAAACAGGUGGUCCGGAACAAUCCCGCACCAGUGAGGGGUUAUGGAUUGGGAUGUAUUGGAGUAUGCAGAUCGUAGGAGCGCCUUGUUUCAUGUUCGCCGGAAUGGUCUUUGCAUUGGAGACGCAGGAAAGGUGGUGGUUGCCUAAGGUCGGGGAUGUGGGGUGGCAGAUGUGAGAAUUCUUUUUCGUGAAGGUGUUUCCGAAUCGGAUGAGGGAUCGGAGACGCUGACCACAUGACCAUGUCUUUUCCUUUUGUCUAUUCUACCAGUGGCUUCUGGAAUUUCUGCGGAGGUGAGCCCUAGCGUUUCGCACAGUCUUCCAGAAACAGUGUCGAGCCCGCCCACUCACCCCCCACAUCAUCCCCCUUCCCGCCCACCCACUUAGGCGUCGGUUUCCUCCUCAGUCCCAUAUUCGGUAUCUAUCGCCAAACUUCCAUCGGAGACCCUUUUAAAUUCCAAGUCCGUUCUCUUCGCUUUGCAUAGUAUCUCGCCACGUCAUUUCCGCGGGAAAGACGGACCACUGACAUUCCGUCCAUCUUAACCCCCGCGCGCUCGCUCGCUCGCUCGCUCUCAGUAUUGGGGUACGGCUUUCUCGACUUUUCUUGGUUCAUGGGCUUUUUUAAUUGGGUCGUGA